AGUUUUCAGUUGGCUUUCGUGUGGUUUGGUAAUAUUUGGUUUGCCGCGGAGCGUGUGCGCGCAUAGUAGUAGAAAAAGUGUAGAAUUGUGAGUGCGUUUAUUAGUGUGCUUGAAUUUGCAACGGUAGCGAAUCAUUUAAGCGCGCGCUCUGCAGUGUUGUUUUGCGCAGAAAAGGGUGUGUACGCGCCGCUGCCGAUUCGGUUUUGUGUGCCAAUAUACUCUUGAUACAUACCUACUCGUAUAUACCGUGUAUAUACUGUAUGUAUAUAAUUAGCGAAUGUAUACUUUUGCUUCUCUAGCGUCCAAGUUGCGCCUUGCAAACUUCGAAAUGUGAAAAUGAAAUUUUUGUUUACAAGUGAGGGCAGUAAAGUUUGAAAAGAAUUUAAAGCAGAUAAAUGCAAAAAAUUUAAUGAUUGAGGUAAACGAGUAAACAAGGUGUGAUAAAAAUUAUUCCGGGAAGACCAUAUGUGUAGAUAUGUAUUUGAGCAGUUCAAUGCUGAGAAUUGAGUAUUAAUUUAGUAAAGUGUUAUAAAAAGUUAAAACAAAAAUAAAUAAAACUAAACUAUAAUAAAAAUAGUGUUUUUCAGCGGAGCCGUUACUUAAAAAAGUUUUUAUUAACAUACACAAAUAAAAAAUAAUAAUAAAUACUCACAAUAAAUAAUUAAAUCAAAUAGUGCAAGUUUGAAAACCAAAACACAUUUUAGCAUUAACAAUUGCAGCUGAAUUCCUGGAAGUGAGUUUCAAACAGACUUUUGCAAAGAGCUCACCAAAGUCUAACUGCGCUAACAUAAUUAUAAAUAUUAAGCAUUUUUGUGCCACCAACGCAAAGGAAUAUUAUAAUUAGAACUAGAAGAAAAUAAUAUAACCAUUCAAAAGCUUGAAAGAAGAAGCAGCAGUUAAAAAAUUAAAUAUUUUAAUUGCUACAAACAACUAUUAAAACGUCGCGUAAAUUUACAUAUUUACUUUCCGUAAAAAACACACAACUAGCUUUACCACACGCUUCAGCAGUAGGCGUAACAAAAACAAAAAAGUAAAGCAGCUUUAAGAGCAGAAAUCAGCUACGCUAUAGAAAACAGGGUCAACGUCAGCCUGUUUGACCAACAAUAAAAAGUUCGUUGUAACAGCAGUGAGCCGCUUAAUAAGAACUAACAAACAACCAGGCAAUUAGAAUUCUACACUGCGUUCUGCAUCGCAAAAUGUUGCAUGCCUUAAAAGCAGCCGGUGCAAAGAAAGAUAUCACCCUUAAGAUGUGCACUCAGCUUGUAACAAAAGGACCACGUCCAUUGGUGCUAUGCGGCCCCUCUGGCUCCGGCAAGAGUACUUUGCUUAAGCGGCUCUUCGAGGAAUAUCCGAACACCUUCGGUUUCAGCAUAUCACACACGACACGCACACCACGUGCCGGUGAGCAGCAUGGCAAAGAUUAUUAUUUUAUUGCAGAGCAAAUGAUGCGCGAAAAGAUAGCAAAUGAUGAGUUUAUAGAAACCGCUACUUUCAGUGGCAAUAUGUAUGGCACAAGCAAGGCCGCGGUGCUUGAGAUCCAGAGUACCGGCAAAGUGUGUGUCUUAGAUAUCGAACCACAGGGUGUGGAGCAAAUUAAGAAAACUGAUUUGAAUCCCAUACUGGUUUUUAAUAAUCCACCAACAAUAAAAGAUUUGGAGUUGCGUUUGCGCAAGCGCCAAAGCGAAACGGAGGAGACGUUGCAGAAGCGACUUGCCGCUGCCGAGGCGGAGAUAGCUUAUGGUUUGAAGCAUGGAAACUUCCAUAAGAUCAUACAUAAUGUCGAUAUUGAUGUGGCAUAUGCAGAGUUCAGGGAAUUCAUUUUGAGCGAACUGAAGAAGCAAGAAGAGCAAGGCGUCCAAAUAUGUUGGGAGUGAGCUCAGGAGAGCAUUUAAAGUUUCACUAAAUUAAUAAAAUUGAUAUUUGAAUUAUUGAAAAAAUAAGUGUUUUAAAAAACAUACACCGCAAUGUUGUAGAAGUUCGUCAAUAAAAGAUUAUAAAUAUA